GCGGCCCAUGGGCCAUACCCCCUCCCCCUCACCAAUCCAGACCACCAUCGUGAUUCUCAGAGUAUAACUGCAUUGUGGUAGAAACUGAGAGUCUGAGAGUCCGAGCCAUGUCUGGCGCCGAGAUCAUCGGCCUCAUCUCUGGCAUCAUCGCCAUUGUCGAUGCCACUGCGAAGGUUUACGCCGCCGCCAACAACGCCUCGGGCCUCCCAGAAGCCUUCCGUGAUGUUGCUACGCGGCUUCCCCUUGUCCACAAAACCCUUCAGAGCGUCUCGGAACACCUGAACACCAACAGCCCCGACGAGGACUCUUGCAAGGCAAUAAGCCCCAUCUUGCAGCGCUGUGAGAACAGGGCAACACAGCUAGAGAAAGUAUUUAGGGAUGUUAUCCCGCAGGCUGAUGCCUCAAGAAUGGAGCGAUACCUGCUUGCCGCACGUACUUUGGCCAAAGGAGGCACGGUGGAGUCGCUUAUGAAGGGCGUACUGGAGGAUGUCCAGCUUUUGGCCAGUGGUCGCGUGAUGGAGCUGGCCACAGAGGCUAGUAUCGCAUCGCUGAUGCGGAAAGCGAUAGAAGAAGUGUCUGCAAUUCCGCCAUCACUGCCAGACGGCAUUCACUCGUCCGCUAAGUGCGAAACCGAACGAGACGCCUUACUCAAGGAGCUAAAGUGGACCGAUCCCACCAUCGACAAGCUACGCAUUGAAAGGACAAAGGGUGGGCUACACGAAGCUUCGUCCAGCUGGAUUCUCUCCCACCCCAGUUACCAGAAGUGGCGAGACGGCGAAACUAAGCUGCUCUGGAUCAAGGGCGCUGCCGGCAAGGGCAAGACGAUGCUGUUAAUUACCGUCACCAAGCAACUCCAGUCUCAGAUCGGACUUGACCACCCCGUCGCCAAUUCGUCCGUAUCGUUCUUCUUUUGCCAGAAUACCGAUAACCGCUUGAACAAUGCCGUCGCCGUCCUCAAAGGGCUCAUAUACCUCUUGCUGGUCCAGGACAUCAGUCUCGUUUCGUACCUGAAGAGUGACUUCGACAGGAUGGGCAAGGGCAUCUUCGACGUCACCAACAACAGCGCCAACGCCUUCGACGCCCUGUCCAAUGUGUUCAGGCAGAUGAUCCAGCACUCGCGGCCGGAGACUGUGUACUUGGCCGUUGACGCUCUCGAUGAAUGCGAAGACGGGCUGCCGGAUCUCCUUAGCCUGGUUAGGGAAACUGCCCUCCAAGAAAAUCAUGUCAAGUGGAUCUUAACGAGCCGUAACCGGGCUGACAUCGACGGAAACCUCGCGCUCGAGGACCCGGGAGCGAAGUUGAGCCUGGAGGUGAACUCGGAAGCCGUGUCCCAGGCGAUCGAAACUUACAUCAUUCACAAGGUAGCCCAAGUCCCAUCACUUCGAUCCAGCCCUGUCCAGCGAACCAAAAUUCAACAAAAGCUGCUCGAGAACGCCGAGGGUACCUUUUUAUGGGUCGAUCUCGUACUGCGAUCCAUCCAUACUGUCUUGGCCGACGAUGCUGUUCGCCGUGUCGACGAGACACCGCCAGGCCUACCGGCGCUUUACCAUCGGAUGAUGGGAGAUAUUGACAAGUUUGCGAGCCACUACCGAGACUCGUGUCUUGCUGUGCUUUCAGUCGCAACUUUAGCCUACCGCCCGCUCCACAUCCUCGAGCUCCGAACGGUAGCUGGGCUGAGGUACGAAACCGCUGAUCUGGAGAGGAUUGUCGACAUGUGCGGUUCCUUCCUCACGCUGGUGGACAACUCCGUCUAUCCGAUUCACCAGUCGGCCAAGGACUACCUAGUUAGUGACACCGCCGUCGAUAAGAUUUUCCCGUCUGGGAAACACGCUGUUCAACGAAACAUCGUCGAUAGAUCAGUAGUAGCGAUGGAGAAGACACUCCGGCGAGAUGUGUAUCAGCUGGUGCAUCCAGGAGCGCUCACCCGUGACGUGGAGGCGCAGCUACCUACGCCUGACCCCUUGCUCGGAGUGGGAUACUCUUGUACAUACUGGAUCGACCACGUCUGUGAAACGGACAAGGCCGACUUGCAAGGCUCUCGACGCUACCGGCUAGCAAACGCUCUCAAGCGGCACAUCGCAAGAUCAAACAAGAGUAUCCCAAUAAGAGACUCGAUUGGGAUGUUCUUCCACCGCCACUUUCUACAUUGGCUCGAGGCCUUGAGCCUCCUCGGCGUCAUCUCGAAUGUGGUCCACUCUCUUUCUAGCCUUAGAACCGUUGUCGAAGCAAGGACAGACGCUUUUACGAAUCUUGUCGAAGACGCACAUCGGUUUAUUCUGCUGAACCGACGGCUUAUCGAACAGGCGCCACUCCAGACAUACAUAUCGGCAUUGCUCUUUGCUCCGGCUGGGAGUAUCAUCCGUCGAAUGUUUGCCAAAGAAGAGCCUUCUUGGGUCCUAACGAAGCCGGUAGUGGAGAAGGUCUGGAAUCGAUGUCUUCAAACAUUCGAGGGCCACAAUGAUCCGGUUUACUCGGUAGCAUUCUCUCCAGACGGUAGCCGAAUCGUGUCUGGAUCAGCCGAUCACACUAUCCGCGUCUGGGAUGCGACAUCAGGUAUGGAGGUACGAAAGCUCGAGGGCCACUGUGGUUCGGUUCGCUCGGUGGCGUUCUCUCCGGACGGUGGCCGAGUCGUGUCUGGGUCAGCCGAUCACACUAUCCGCCUCUGGGAUGCGAAAUCAGGCAAGGAGGUCCAGAAGCUCGAUGGUCACAACGAUCCGGUUUACUCGGUAGCAUUCUCUCCAGAUGGUAGCCGAAUCGUAUCUGGAUCAGCCGAUCGUACCAUCCGUAUCUGGGAUACAGCAUCAGGCAAGGCGGUGCAAACACUCAGAGGCCACAUUAGUUGGGUUCACUCGGUAGCAUACUGUCCAGACGGUAGCCAAAUCGUAUCUAGAUCGGCCGAUGACACUAUCCGUAUCUGGGAUGUGACAUCAGGCAAGGGGGUACGGAAGCUCAACGGCUACAACGAUUUGGUUCACCCGGUAGCAUUCUCUCCGGACGGUAGCCAAAUCGUAUCUGGAUCGGGCGAUAAUACUAUCCGCAUCUGGGAUACAGCAUCAGGCAAGGCGGUGCAAACACUCAGAGGCCACAUUAGUUGGGUUCACUCGGUAGCAUACUGUCCAGACGGUAGCCAAAUCGUAUCUGGAUCGGCCGAUCACACUAUCCGUAUCUGGGAUGCGAUAUCAGGCAAAGAGGUACAGAAGCUCAAGGGCCACACCGAUUUGGUUCACUCGGUAGCAUUCUCUCCGGACGGUAGCCGAAUCGUAUCUGGAUCGGCCGACUAUACUAUCCGCAUCUGGGAUACGAUAUCAGCCAAGGUACAGAAGCUCGAAGGCCAUAGUAACUCGGUUUACUCGCUAGCAUUCUCACUAGAUGGUAGCCGAAUCGCAUCUGGAUCACGCGAUCGCACCAUCCGCAUCUGGGAUGUGGAAUCAGGCAAGGUACAGAAGCUUGGAGUCCAGAGCACCUGGGUUCGGUCACUAGCAUUCUCACCAGACGGUAGGCGAAUCGCAUCUGGAUCACGCGAUCGCACCAUCCACAUCUGGGAUGUGGAAUCUGGCAAGGAAGUACGCUCCGUAGAUCUGUGUCAUUCCACCGAUAGUGUUCGUUUUGAAGACUUAGGCGAUUCCGGACUGUGGCUUCGAACCGAUUUUGACAAUAUCAAACUCGGAGAUGGCGGAUCUAGCAGUUAUGACAGCUGCAGCAUUGUUGGUGGCACUUUUACAUGACUAAAUAUAACGGUUAGCUAACUUCAGAUCCGCAGAUACGAUCGAGCGGGACAGAGUCAGGGUGGGGUCUCAGUCGCGAUGGCACCUGGAUUACGCGGCGAGGCCAAGGAUGUGUAUGGCUUCCACAUGAUUGCCGACCUGAGGUAUUCGAGGUUUCGAGAGAUGGAUCGACAAUUGCUAUCGGCUGUCGGACAGGGCGGGUGCUGAUUUUGAGGAUGUCCAUGGACGUGCCAUUCUCCGAGGCAUUCUAAUUAAUAGCGCAUGUCUAUCCUCUUAUUAGUAUUCUCAUCCGGUGUAUCUAAUGCAUUUCGAUGUUUUCUGAUUUACUGUCUUUCUUCCUUUUUGCUAGGUAGCUUGACACCACACGAGUUCAGGAGGACCAAGCGGAGAUGGCUCGUGCAUUUGAAGACGUCAAGAUCAUAAGCUUCAA